AUGUCGAGCGUCUGUGGUGAAUCUUCCUCGGCAAACGAGCCGAACUCUGAGCCAAGUACUUCAGGAGGGCCUUCCCCGGCACCCCCUCAGAAAAUGAAGCCCCGGGGCAGGGAUCUGUCCAGGUCCCGCCGCGGUCGGUGGCUAGCGAGGUCCAACUCGCUCGGCACUUGGCAACCGGUCCGUCGCAGCAGUAGCCGCCUCCGUGCCCAGCGAGCCGCCCAACAAAAGCAAUCUGAAGCUCAGGACCAGUCCUAUACAUUUCGAGUAAUCUGUAUGUGGGCCCCGGGGCCCGAAGAUCGUACAGGUAAAAUGCCCUGUUCCCACAUCUAUGGAUCCCUGACUGCCUUAGGCAAGCAUGUCAUCAUUGAUCAUAUCGGAGUCGAUAAGAAGCCCCAUUACAUCUGCAACUGGUUGGGUUGCUCCCGUCAGGAUGAACCGUUUAAAGCACGGUACAAGCUCAUCAACCACAUUCGUGUACACACCGCAGAGAAACCGUUUAAGUGCACUUUCCAAGGAUGCACCAAAAGAUUUGCCCGGUCCGAAAACCUGAAAAUACACAAACGCUACCACACAGGAGAAAGACCAUUCAAGUGUCCCUUUGAAGGCUGUGAGAAAGCAUUCGCUAAUAGUAGUGAUAGAAAGAAGCACACAUUUGUGCAUACCAAAGACAAGCCAUACAUCUGCAAGUUCCCAGGCUGCGACAAGGCCUAUAGUCACCCCAGCUCGCUGCGCAAGCAUAGGAAGCUGCACCAGAAAGGCCCCAAGGUAGGCCCUACUGUCACCACCAGAGCGGGUCCCAGCACCUCCACCAGAGCGGGUCCCAGUACCUCCACUGGAGUGUGUCCCAGUACUUCCACCAGAGUGGGUCCCAGUACCUCCACCGGAGUAGGUCCCAGUACUUCCUCUCCUAGGGCCAGCACCUCUGGGACCCAGGCAAAGGAACUCCGCAACACAACCACACCUAAGAAAGUUGUUGCUCCACUCAUCUCUCCCACUCGUAUCCUCAGAGUAGUUCUACCAAAACUUUCCAAGAGCUACAUUGCUUCAAUUUGUAGAGCAUCGGUUCCUCCACGUAGAAUGCCAGCGGUCUCUCUUCCUACAAUCAGGUUGGUCCGUCUCCCUGCCUCCGUCAUCGAGAAGUAUUGUCAUCCCCCCGCCCACCCACCAUCUUCUUCGCAACCUCCAGUCCAGGAAGAACCUAUUCCACCAGCUGCUGAGUUCCCAGUUGACCUGGCUCCUAUUCCUCCAGACCAGGUUUCUACCAUCUCACCUCCUUUAUUUCCUACUAAUGUGAAUUCUCCUGACUUUUUCUUGUCCAGCUUUAGCCUUCUAGAAUCCCUGUUUGCUGCUUCCCCUCAAGAAGCUUCAAGCUCUUCAGCUCCCGAGGUUUGUUACCCUCCACAGUCUCUCACACCUCCAACUAGCAAUAUUUUUAACUUUGAUCCAUUUAAGUUUAUUAGAUCAGUGGGCCCCACAGACCCUCCAAGUCCAAAGUUCUCUAGCCCCCCGGAGUUUUUGGCUCCCAGGAUUAGAUGCUGCCACCAUGCUCACUUCAGGUUCCCCAACCCUCCCACAGAGUAUAUUGCCAUCUCCCCAGGGUCAAGUAUUACUAAACCACUUAUUACUUUCUUUGAUGAUACUAUGAAGCAUUUCUCUAGAGAUUCCCAGCCAAAUGCCAGGCCAGUGGAGCAAAGUGACAAAGAAACAAGUGAGAGUGAGCCAGAACCUGAGCUGCUUUUUUCACCCCAAACUGAGUUCAUUGAGCCUGAAAGUGAGUUGUUUUUCUCACCCCAAGCUGACUUUUCACCAGAAACUCAAUUUUUUUCACCACAAGGUGAAUUUUCACCAGAAACUGAAUUUUUUUCGCCACAAGCCGCAUUUUCACCAGAAACUGAAUUUUUUUCGCCGGAAGCAGAAUUUUCACCAGAAGCUGAAUUUUCACCAGAGGCUGUGUUUUCACCGGAAGCUAAGUUGAGUUUGUUGGUCCGGAGGCUCCAUUUUCUUCACCAGAUGUUGAGUUUGUUGAGCCAGAAGCUCCUCUGUCUUCACCAGAAGUUGAGGUUGUAG